UCCUGUGGUGACCUCUCCGUGGUGGACACAGAGCUGGAGAAAACCGGGAGAGCUCCGUUCUGCGGCAGCAGGUUCCUCAAGGUGCGCGAGGAGAAGGCGGGUGGAAGCCCGUGGUGCCAGGCGUCGGGAAGCGCCGUGAAGAGCGCUCCGGGCAGCGCGGCCCACGCGCGGUCGAGCUCAGCUUUGAGGAAAGUGGCACAACUUGAAAGCAAAAUCAUGAGUCGAAAAAAGCAGAUGGAACUGCAAAACACUGACUUGGGAUGGAAGCCUUUGGAUGAAGAGUCCUUCCCGUCUGCUUCCAGCCAGGAACACAGCGCAAGGGGCAAGAAAUAUCUGAAGAACUGUGCCACUGCCAGUGGAAAUAUGACCCUCAGUAAUGCCUAUUCUAAGGAAGAGGAAAGCAUCCAAAGCCCUAAAAAGAAUGUUAUGGUUAAACAGCAGCUUGGCUUGGAUAGUGAUGAAGAGGAAAUGAGAGAAUUGAUGGAGAGUUCUUUGGAAUUUUCCAGUGGAAAAGAGAAUCGGAGGGUUGUUGCAAGUGAUUCUAAAUGGAGUGGAAAGGUAAAUACAGACUUCACUGGAUUGUCUCCUCCAUCUCAUAAAGAAAUGUCACCGACCGAGUUAUCUGAAGUGUCUUCUUGUCACAGCAAAGACCCAGAAAAAAAUGGUUUUGGUAGAGUUAAUUCACCAACACCUCCACCAGCCAGCAGAAACCUGCCAGUACGACAUAGUACCAGAGCUCAGUCUUCUGUGAAAGGCAACACUGCAAAGGUGACUCUGCCUAGACUGGGCAACACCAAGCAAAGCCACGUGUCACUUGAAAGUGACAGAAGUGACAUAAAAUCACUAGAUGAAUUGUUUUCAAAGGCAGAAGACUCAACCAGCAGCAGCUCAAACGACUUCAAACCCAAUAUCCUGAGCCUUGAUGAUUUGGCACCAAAUACCACCAGAGAGACUACAAAAUUAAAGCAGGAAGGGACAGACAUUCAAAUUACUCAAGAAUCAAAGAGAAAUCCAGAAAAAGAUACAUUCCUGGUGGAAAAAGACCAACCUUCUCUUCAAAUGACGAGCGCAGUAACUGGUGUGAAUGCUGCUUCUGAAGGUGGUAUGGAAAAAACCAUGACUGAAGCUGAAAUCUCUGAGCAGUUAAGUGGAACUUCUGCAGGUUUCCCUAGACACAAACAGGAUCAUCUUGAUCAUGCUGAGACAACUGUUAAUUCGGAAUAUUCUGAAGACUUUGAAAGGUCUCAGUCUACAACAGACAGGAAAUCUGCAUCAAAAACAUUGGAGGAACAUCCUGAGAGCUGCAGGUGUUCUGGAAAACACCCAUCUUCAGCGUCAUCACCUUUACUGACCCGGGAGCGGCACAUCCCGGUGCGUAGAGUCACGGUCAAAGAAACUGCAGUGCAGACAGUGGAUUCUCCAUCCACCUACUGCUGGGCAAAGACAAACACCUCUGCAGUACCUGACCCGCCGGUUGGUAACAGCUACAUCGAUCCGGUACCCAUUGCCAGUCACGUCAUCAGCACAGCUGCAGUGGAAGCCUUGACAACAUACAGCCCCUCCGUUCGUGUUUUAAACACCAUGUUGAAACAGCACUUGAUGUUGACUCAGCAGUUUGUAGAGAACAUCCACCACCUUCACCUCUCCCUUGUGCAGUCCUUGGAGAAUGAGGAGUUCCACUACCAUACCCUGGAGGAGGCUAAAGAGUACAUCAAGAAUCACAAAUCCCCACCUUUAACAAUUGAGCAAGCACGUGAAGAAAUUCAGAAAGCACAGGGAGAAAAACUGCUUUGA